AUGUGGGGUCCAACGUCUGAGAAUCAGCUAUGGAGGAACAGCAGUCAGAUCCCUUCCCCGUGUCUUAUGCAAAGACUUGACCACAUCGUGAUGACAGUAAAGAACAUCGAAGACACCAUCAUGUUCUAUUCCAAGAUCCUGGGACUGAAAGUCACUACUUUCAAGGGGGAUCGGAAGGCAUUGUGUUUUGGAGACCAAAAAUUUAACUUACAUGAGGUGGGAAAGGAAUUUGACCCCAAAGCCGCUCACCCCAUUCCGGGAUCCCUGGACAUCUGUCUGAUUACAGAAGCGCCUUUGGAGGAGGUGAUGAAGCGUCUCAAGGUUUUUGAUGUCCCCAUUGAGGAGGGCCCAGUCUCCAGAACAGGAGCAAAGGGGCCUAUUAUGUCCAUCUACUUCCGAGAUCCUGACAGAAAUCUCAUUGAGGUGUCCAACUAUGUCACCUCAUGA